AUGGGGUACGUCUGCGAGCACGGUGCAAGCAAGGCUAGCGUCACCAAACCUUGCAAGAAGAGGUGUCUCAGCCAGUACCGGGCGAGCGUCGUGGACAGGCCCUACGCCAAGGAGGCCGCGAUCCGGGUCCUGCUGCACCGCAUAGACAAGCUUGCCCGGCGGGGGGGGCGGCGCGUCUCGCCCCUGCUGUGCGUGGCUCUCGAUUUCUAUGUACGCCUAUUCGUGCUGAUCCUUCCGGCACCGGACGAGGACGCGGACGGGGUUUCCACGCCACUGGAGAAGCGUGCACCGCCGCCGGUCCUUUGGGUCGACCAGGCGCGCGAAUCGUCUAGGUUCCGCUGCUACAACAGCAACAACCGUACUCUCGAUAGCAGUAACCGUACUCUCAACAGCAGUAGCGGUGAUGGUGAUAGUGGUGGUGGUGGUGGUAGUACCCGCCCGCCGAUACACCGCCGUAGCGAGAACGAUUCCGGUGCAAACCCCGGAGACGGCGUUCCUGGGCCAUCGUCCAUCGGGAAGGGGAGCGCCGCCGCCGCCGCCGACGACGACGACGACGAGAAGGAUGAUGCCGGGAUGAUGGAGGACGCUCGUUCUGACACGUGGGCGGCCGCCGCCGCUGACAGCGAUGCCGUGAUUAUGGCGCGGCAGCAAAGCUGUUUUCCUGAGGUGCACACCAAAGGCGACAAGAGGAACGGUGCAGGGAUGUGGAACGGUCCUGAGAUGGAGAGGAACGGUUCUGGGGGCCACGAGCGGGGACCCGAGGAGGCGACGCGGAGGGGGCUCCGUGGAUCAGGGGGAGGGGGGAGGGGGGUGGGGUGUCCUCUGCCGAGCGUCGAGGCGGUGCGGGAGCAGCUGCGGUCUGCAGGGCACGAGUGCUCCGGCUCCCACGCCGACCCCCGCGCCAUCAAGACCAAAGCCCCUCUCGAGGCCGUGAGAGAGGCAAUCUUCAGGGCACGCGCCGAGAAGGCAUUCUCCCAAGGCUUACUCUGA